UUUUGAUUGGUUAAUGCAACGGAAGCACGUUUUUAGAAAUGGCUGACAAUAACAAGGAGGACCAUGUGGACGAUGAAAUGAUGGAUGAUGAUGAUGAAAUGGAAGACAUUGAGGAAGAAGGAGAGGAUGAGGGAGACGAUGAAAUGGGUGAAGAAUCUGGUGGAACGAAAGUUUAUCUUCCAGGAGACCCGAUAUCUGAAGGAGAGGAGUUAGUUUGUGAUGAGUCUGCCUAUAUUAUGUAUCACCAAGCCCAAACUGGGGCGCCUUGUUUAAGCUUUGACAUUCUGCUGGAUACACUGGGUGACAAAAGAGAAGAAUUUCCAUUUACCUGCUAUGGCGUUUCUGGUUCACAAAGUGCAAAAGGACAUCAAAAUCAUGUGAUAGUGCUGAAGAUGAGCAAUUUAACUCGUACCUCGAAACCCAAAGAUGAAAAUGAUGAGGAGGAAAGUGAUUCAGACAGUGAUGAAGAUGAUGACAGCAAACCAGAGUUGGAAACAGCUCUUGUUAAACACACAGGAUGUGUCAACAGAAUAAGGGCAACAGCCAUAGGAGACAAGAAAAUCGCAGCAACAUGGUCCGAGACAGGCAAAGUACACAUCUGGGACCUGACACGCCCCCUCAACGCUGUCAACGAUUCCAGUAUCAUGUCUACAUAUGUUAGAAAUGAGGAGUCGCCACCGCCAAUAUUCACAUUUAAGGGGCAUCAGGUAGAGGGGUUUGCCAUGGACUGGUCCCCAUUGACACCAGGUCGCCUGGCCACAGGAGACUGCAACAAGAAUAUCCACUUGUGGACAUUGAAAGAUGGUGGGUCCUGGCAUGUUGACCAGCGGCCAUACAACGCCCACACCUCAUCUGUUGAGGACAUACAGUGGUCACCUACUGAAGCCAAUGUGUUCGCCUCGUGUUCUGUAGACAGAACUAUCCGGGUGUGGGAUGCCCGGGCAGCCCCGUCCAAGGCCUGUAUGAUCACCGCCAAAGAGGCUCAUGACCGGGACAUUAACGUCAUUCACUGGAACAGGAAGGACCCCUUUAUUGCUUCAGGGGGAGAUGAUGGUGUUAUCAAGAUCUGGGAUCUGCGACAAAUUCAGAAAGGAAAACCAGCAGCAUCCUUCAAGCACCACACGGCCCCCAUUACCUCCAUCGAGUGGAAUCCCAACGACAACUCCGUGUUUGCAGCCUCGGGCUCAGACGACCAGAUUUCUAUAUGGGACUUAGCCGUGGAAAAAGACAACAGUGAGUCUAGCUCUGCCGGUGAGGAGGAUCCAAACGUCCCCCCUCAGUUACUAUUUAUACACCAGGGACAGACGGACAUUAAGGAACUACACUGGCACCCCCAGUUACCCGGGGUCAUCAUUAGCACAGCUCACAGUGGAUUAAAUGUUUUCAGGACCAUCAGUGUGUGAAAUCUCCCAAGUACAAUAUUUUAGAAAUGAAAAAUUUAUUUUGACGUGGUCAAUGACUGUUACAUCAUCUACAUGACCUGAUGUUUUAAAAUCAAAGCUUUGUUGGUGAGUGUCCUAAACGUCUAGUCUAUGUGUUGAUGUUAUGGUUUCCGAAAGACUAAAUCACAGUCAAUUGUUCAGAAGUUAUCAUGUCUGUGUUGUGUCAGAGACAAGAUGAGAACCUCAAUGCUUUUUUUCUAAAAUCAAUUUUAUAGAGAUGUGUUACUCUCGUGUUGAUUAAGUCAAAACUUCCAGGUGUCUUUUGUUGUAUUGACAAAGUUUUUCAUGAAAUUGAGUGCCAUGGUAACCAUUGAAUAAUAGUUUCCUGCAUUGUUAUAUUUGACAUGAAACAUAAUAAUAGAGAUUAUUGAAAAUAAACAUUUGCGAUAUUGUU